ACUACAAAAACUUACUUCUGUAAUUUUAAAAAUAUUUUUCAGAUUCGUACAGGUUUUCCUAUAAUUCAUACAUACGGAUUAGAAGAUCUGUUUUAUAAAUAUCAUGUAGACUUAAUGAUAUGGGCUCAUGAGCAUGUUUAUGAACGACUGUGGCCAGUGUACAACAGAACAGUUUAUAACGGCAGCUAUCAAUAUCCUUACACUAAUCCUAAGGCACCUGUGCACAUUAUUACUGGAUCUGCAGGAUGCCAAGAACGCCAUGAUCCUUUUGUGAAAAAUCCAGCUGCAUGGAGUGCAUUACGUAAUGGAGAUUAUGGUUAUUCUAGACUUCAUAUUUUAAACGGUACUCAUCUCUACUUAGAACAAGUUUCAGAUGAUAAAAAUGGAAAAAUAGUUGAUAAAAUGUUGCUGAUUCAAGAAUAUCAUGGACCAGGUUGGAAAUAAUUGAUAUUUUUUAUAAAAACCAUCUGUUGAAAAUUUUUAUUAAAAGUUGAUGCAUGUUAAUGAUUGAAUAAUUUCGGUGUGUAUAGAAAAAAAAACAUUUUUACAUUUGUAAAAUACAUCAACUUUUUUAUUAAUUUGUUUUCAA